AUGGAUGACUACACUAUACUAUACUAUACAAGACAGCAAGAGAGACAGCAUAAUAUGAGCAACAGCAACAGCAACAGCAGCAAGAGACGGAUUGAGACGGACGUGAUGAAGCUUCUCAUGAGUGAUCACGAGGUGGAGCUGGUCAACAACAGCAUGCAAGAGUUCCACAUCAAGUUUCAUGGCCCCAAGGACACACCAUACGAGAAAGGUGUGUGGCGACUCCAUGUGGAGUUGCCCGACAAUUACCCUUACAAGUCGCCCAGUAUUGGGUUUGUUAACAAGAUCUUCCACCCGAAUAUCGACAUUGCAUCCGGGUCCAUCUGUUUGGACGUGAUCAACUCGACGUGGUCGCCCCUGUAUGAUCUGUUGAAUAUCGUGGAAUGGAUGAUUCCAGGGCUGUUGAAGGAGCCCAACGGGAGCGAUCCCUUGAAUAACGAGGCUGCCACUUUGGAGCUACGGGACAAGAAGCUGUAUGAGGAGAAGAUCAGGGAAUACAUCGACAAGUAUGCGACGGAGGAGAAGUACGAGCAGCUGUUUGGCAGUGAGGAUGAGUCAUCUGAAGAAGUAGACGAGGAAGAGGAGGAUGAAGUGGACGAAGAUGAAGAAGAUGACGAGAGUGAGGACUUGAGCGACGAGGACGUGGAACUGAGUGACGAGCUGAGCGAUAUCGACAUGAGCGACGAGGAGCAGGUCUGA